CAAAAUGGCGUCAUCGAAGGAAACCUAUUGUUUGUGUGGUCAACCAUAUAAUAUUGGACAAUUUAUGAUAGAAUGUGACUGCUGUCGCGAGUGGUUUCAUGGAAGUUGUGUUGAUGUAAAAAUUUACCAUUCUGACGAUAUCGACAAAUACCACUGUCCAAAAUGUGCGCAGACAUAUGGUCCGUCUGUUUUAAAAAUCCCCACAAACAACCACCGGGCGGACAGAUACGAGAUUGGGGCUGAAACUCGGCCAUCCCAAGCAGGUACUCCGGCAUGGGUCCGAGCACUGGCCGCCCGUCCCCUUCGGCCGACACCCGCUUCGUUACAGAGAAUGCGACCGCAGCACUUUACAGAAGAGUUUGUGAGGGAUAAUGGUUUUACUCGCCCAGUGAUUUUUAAUACUAUUGAAGGUUUGGAUAUGAAAGUGCCUAAUGCAGCAACAUUUACUGUAAGAUCUGUAUUAAGAUACUGUGGAGCUCAGCUAGAGGUGGAAGUUAUAGAUGUACGUAAACAGUCAACGCUGAGGAUGCCGCUUGGUGAUUUUAUUGAUUACUUUGAAACACCACCAGAACACAGAGAUGAGAAAGUACUUAAUGUACUCAGCUUAGAGUUCACAGACACCAACCUGUGUCCGCUGGUGGAGCCGCCGGGAACGCUGCGGGCGCUGGACUGGGCGCAGCUGGGGGGCUCCCCUCCCGCGCGGCCCGCCGUGCAGCGCUACUGCCUCAUGUCGGCCGCCGCCGCUUACACGGACUUUCACGUGGACUUCGGUGGCACCACUGUCUGGUACCACGUGCUGCACGGUCGGAAGAUCUUCUAUCUGAUCCCUCCGACGUCCACCAACCUGGCGCUGUACCAACAGUGGAGCGCGGCCAACAAUCAGAGCGAGAAGUUCUUUGGUGAUAUGGUGGAGUGGUACGGCACGGCCGAGGUGAGCGCCGGCGAGACGCUGUUCAUCCCCACGGGCUGGAUCCACGCCGUGUACACGCCCUGCGACUCGCUCGUGUUCGGGGGGAACCUGCUGCACUCCUAUGCCAUCGAGAUGCAGUUGCAGAUCUACGAGAUCGAGAGUCGCGUGGAGACGCCGCUGGUGCUGCGCUACCCGCUGUUCGAGGCGCUGCACUGGCACGCCGCCGCGCAGCUGCUGGCCGCGCUGCGCCGCCACAACGAGGAGACGCAGGACGAGGACUUCACGAUAAACGAGAACUGUGUGACCACGCCACCGGCGGAGCUACCGCCGCUUCUUUUGAGGGGGAUCAAGAUCUUAGCGAAUGCGCUGAAAGAGUGGCACGCUCUGAAAAGUACGGAUGCGUCGAAACGCGAUAAUGUGCCGAAGUGCCUCAACUCGGGGCAGCUGGUACGCGAGCUGUGUAAAGAAUUACGUACAUUGGAAAAACGUAGCAGUAGCAAUAAAGAUAAGGACAUUAAAGUAAAAAACACCUCACCAACCAAAUCUCAAAGCAAGAAACGCAACGAAGCAGCACCAAAAAAAUCACUCAAACUCACCCUACCCAAGCCCAUAAUGCACAUGACACCAAACGGAGAAUACCCAGAAGAGAAAAUAUAUGCAGACAAAUAUUACAUCGACAACAAGGAAGUCCUAUACCCCGAUAGAUAUAUUCAAGAUGUCAAAUAUGUUAACAGUGACGUCAAAUACAUUAGUGACAGUAAAUUUGUGAAUAGUGAUGUUAAGUUUGUAAACAGUGAGAUUAAAUAUGUUAACGGUGUACCCGAUGCUAAGUAUGUUUUGGAAAGUAAAGAGAUUUUACCGGAGAAGUAUGCAUAUCAAACUUAUGAAGAGGUUACGUAUCAAGAUGGAAAUGGUUUUGUUGAUAGACAAGAUAAGAAAUCAACAUUGAAGCUUAAAUUAAACAACUCUCCUUCAUCGUCAAGAGAAGAGCCUCCACCGUACAGUCUGCCCGAACACUCCAUCUUAAAAUCACAUCUGAUCAGAACAGACCGUCUCAAACCCGUGCAGCAGUGGACGAUAUCGAAGAAGGACAUUGGAGACUAUCACGAGGAACAAAUACUGUUUACGAAUGAGAAUCUUCAAGCAAAUAUGCGGAUAGACGGACAGGAUAUGAAUUAUGGUGCAGGCAUGUACUCCGCGCAAGACAUACAGGAGUACCAGUACGAGGAGGCCGGCAAGGGCUACCAGCAGCUGUACGCGCCGGAGCUGGCCUACGACUACGCGCCCCCCGCGGCCCCCGCCGCCCCCGCCGCGCUGGCGCCCGCGCCGCCCGCGCCGCCCGCCCCGCUGCAGGCGCCCAGCUACAGCGGAGGGACGUUUGCGCACACGCAGCUGCCUUCAUACGAUGCCGCCGUCGCUCAUCAGUACCAGACUAACUACGCGGCGCCGGAGCCGAAGGCGCGCGCGGGCGUGCGGCGCUCGGAGCGGCCCGUGCGGCGCCGCGUGUCCAGCACGUACGAGUACGAGGACGCCGACCUGUACGUGGACGAGCCGCCGCCCGCGCGCCGCCGGCCGCGCGCGCGCUCGCAGCGCGCCGCCGGUACGCCCGCCGCAUCGAACAGCAACUCCACCGCCUACCGUCAGGCGGCGCGCGCGCCGGCCAACGGCAUCGAGUCGCUCAUCCAGGCCUCCGAGCUGGCGGAGGAGGAGCAGCCCGACAACGACACGGAAGACGCAGCAGUUGCUGGUAUGCUCAGUAUUAGCGAACAACGGUACGAAGCACCGGCCAGGACGUUCGGUCUAGCGAUAGAGACUCCUCCAAAACCUACAGACACUUCUCGAGUUGAAAGCAGCGGUGGCAGCGGCAGCGGUACCGGUGGCGGUACCGCUGCCGGUACCGGUGCCGGUAGUGGUACUGGCAGCACGAGCCGUGCUCGCGCGCGGAAGGCGGGUGCGGACGACGAUUACGACGAAGAGGAUGUCAUCAAGGAGGUGCAUCGAGACGAAGAGUAUGUGUAUCCAUCGUUAGAGAUGAGUUCGGACGAGGACGAGGAGUGGACGUCUCGUAAGCGCACCGCGCGCAGUCGGACGGACAGCAAGAGCAAGACCGACAAGGACGAGUCGUGGUCGCCGCGCGCGCGGCUGGGGCGCGUGGUGCCGCGCCUGCGCGGGCCGGCGCGCGCGUCCGUGCGGCGCGAGUGCGUGCGCGCCGCGCUGCACGCCGCCGCGCACCGCGCGCACCACGCGCACCACGCGCCGCACGCGCCCGAGCGCCACCCGCAGAGUGCAAAGCGAGCGGUGUUGGCCACCAAAAGCAAGCGACCGCCACCACCCGCGCAUCCCGUCUCCUCCAACAAAAAUAUAAGACUGAAAAAAGGAAUGAAGACGGCGAAACAGCGCCUAGGAAAAAUCCUCAAAAUACACAAAAUGAUAUAUUAAUUUAGUUUUAAAUAUUAGUUAAUUGUACGUAGCGACGGACAUUAAGAUGUAUAUUUUAUAUAUGUAUUUAGAUAACGGACCAAUAUGUGUUGUAGAUCCCGUAUGACGUAAUACAUGUCCCCAAUAAAGAUAUUAAUCAAAUGAAUUAUGAAUAUCAUCGAUAAUAAGCAAUAUUUUUGCUUCGUGGUUCACACGUGGACAGAAGUACUUGUAUGUCAAUGGAAUUUGUACAAGGGAAGAAAAUGAACGUCUCGAUAGAUCUAUAAUUAAAUGUCUAAACAUGAAAAUUAAGUCAGUAAUUUUAACAAAAAACCAUCGUAAAUUUUAUCUUUUUUUUUAACGAUUUAAAUCAUAUUUGCAGUACAUGACAAUAUUUAUUGAUCCUUAAAGUUCCAAAACAUUAAAAUAAUUUAAAACAGAGUUUUACUGUUUUUUUAUUAAACAUUGUACAAAUUCCGUUGUACAUAUACGAUUGCUAAUUUUUGAUAAUAAAUUAUAAAUUGGGUACUAAUUUCGUUACUUAUCGAGUUAUUUGAAUUUUAAUACCACGCCCACAUUUUCGGGUGAAGGUUCGUGUUAAUUUGUGACAUAUUUCAUUGAAUAAUUGGACAAGCGAAGCUCGAAAUCGCUUCGACAAUUGUCGAAUGUAUUUCGUCUACCAGUCCUGAUAUAGUAUGAUAACGCGAGCCUUCGCAUACAUUUUGAUGAUAUUUCAAUUCUAUAUAAUAUAACUCGAAUGUUAGACAGAGAAAGAAAUAUGUUUUUCACCCAUCUCUCUCACACACGUAAAAUUAUUUGAAACAAAAUAUUUAAUCUACUCUUAUAUUGGUUGUAAUUAAUUGAUAUGUUAAAUGUAGAUCUGAUUUGUAUGUAUGCUAAAUUAAUUGUAUGUUUAAUUGAUGCUUUUAACAUGACAGGCGUCUCUUUUUUUAUCCGUCAAUGUUAGGGUUAUCCGUGUGUGCGUAAUGAAAUUACUAUACAGUAUACACCCACACAAAUAAAUAGAUAAGUUAUACAUUUAAGUGCAAAACUACGUAGUGUAGAUGUAGAAAAAAUGCAUAGAUGUAUUUAUAUAAAAUUCGUUUUGUAUUUGACGUUAAAUAUUACCCACUAAUUUAUUCCCCACUUUUCUCAGCGGAUAAUUAACACGUCAAAAGAGUUUCUUAAUAAUUAAUGAUUAUUUAAAUUGAACUAACCUGAUGUUUGUUUAUGUAUUGUUUACAAAACAAUGUAGAGAUAUUUCAUUCAAGUAAAUAAUCAAUAUUUAAAUGAAAACUGGAUAAAAAUCUAUUUAGUGAUUUUGAAAUGAAUACCAAAUACGACAAGAACAUAAGAGACGGUAUUUUUAAUAUGACAACAGUAAUGUUAUAUUGCGCCUGUCAUGUUAGAAUAUCUUAAUUUGUAUAUUUCAAUUCGAUUCUGAAGUUAUUUAAUUGUUCUUUUAUAAUGGUGUCUCUUUUUAACAUUGUUGUUUAAAUAAAGACAGCAUUUUACUAAUUUUAUAAAAAUGAAACGUAUCAACGACAUUAAUUUUUGAGUCGAGGUUUAUUCAGUCGCAGAGAUGUGAACGCAGCUUUACACUCUGCUGUCACUUGUGAAGAUUCUGUUCUACACAAUUUUCAAAUCUCAAAGUGAAACGGAAAUUGCAAUAUUUUUUGUUUUAUCAUAUUACUUAAGCUUGGAAUUUUUUUACGAUUGAAACUGUAUUAAGACAACGUAUCACUGUAUCGGAUAUGUGUGUCCGAGGCCUAAUAAUUUUAGAAUCGAAUUAUCUACUUAAAACUUAUUUUGAUGUUUAAAAUGUAAAAAAAAGACAAAAAAUAUGUAUUGUUUUUUUUUUUGCAAACUCGCCACCGAAUAUAAAUUUUUAUUAAAAGUUAAAUAGAAAAGAAAUAGUUUUUUAUAUCACAUUGGUAUUUUCGUUGUUACUUUAAGUGAUAAUAGUUGUUAAGAAUUAUUUUCUAAAUGUUAUUAUUUUGUUAAUUUAAGCUGAAUUCGAAAUGGGUGCAAAUUUUGUUUAUCCAUGACAUUUAAAUACAUUCAAAAUUCGAGUCGAGUAUAUCGUAUAGGGACAGUUUAAAUAUUACAUAUGCACCAAAAUUUCUUUACUUACAAUUUUUCUUUUAUUUAUUUUAUUUUUACAUAUGGCAACCCUACUCGCCUUUAUUCAAAAACGAAAAGUAGGUUCUGGGAUUGACAAUUCUGUUUAACGAAAAUCGUAAAAAAAGUAUGGAAAUGUAAUGAAAUGAAUAUCACCACAUUAUCAACAAUUAUUGACGUAAUGAUUUGAACUUUUUGAAAUUUAGACGAAAGCGAAGUUCGAUAACCUCUUCAACCAUUGUAAACGGUACUCUUAAUUUUGUGACCCCUUUGUAUGAAUUCUAAACAUGUCAUGUGGAAUGAAUAAAAUUUGCACUUAUUAGCUUAUUAUCAUUGAAAAAAACAGGGUGUAUCAUUUAUAUAUUAAAAAAAAAAUAGUUGUAAGCUGCACACACACAUACAAAGAUACAUGUACGUGUAAGUAUUCAUCACGCGUGUUUUUUCAAUUGUUUUUUUUUUCUCUCGAAAAUAUCAUUAAAUUAUUUUCUAUAUUUCAAAGAAUGUGCUAUGAGUGGACUUAACUUUAUUUACUUGCGGGUGUCUAGAUAAUUUUAGGAUUAAGCGAAUAUUAUGAACUAAAGAUUGUUUUUUUUUUAUAUAUUUGAAUACAUUGUAUUGAUAUUAGCCCGCAACACUAUUCGGAAUAGAAUCGGCUGUUAAAGUUGAUUAACAGAUAUAUACAUUCAAAAAAUAGUUUUAAUUCGUUUUUUUUUUUUUUUAAAUGUAAUAAUGUUAUUCUUUAUUCAAAAGUUUGUGGCUAUUUUAUAAUUCAAAACAGUUGCUAUUAUGACAUUAAAAUACGACCGUGUUAUGCAGAAAUGUACCAACCGACAUAGCAGUAAUAAUCGUUGUUAAGUGUUAAGAGAGCAAAGCAAAGUUAUGGAAUACUAGUCGCCCACGUAUUGGUUCGCGCUUUUGAGAUUGGAUUGGAUUACAAGUUUGCUUCAUACCAAAUGUCGAAUUCGGUUCAGUAGUUUGACCGUGAAAGAGCAACAGACAGACAGACUUCGCAUUUAUAUUAUUAGUAUAGAUAAAAAAUAGUAUCAUAGUUAUAUACAUAUAUAAUUUGACAGGAUUACUGUCAAUAUGGAGGUUUUUCUCUUUUAAGUUUUAACAAUGAUUAAUUAUUAGUCAUUCUGAGGGUUAGUACAUUUCUGCACAAUACGGUUGAAUUCUAUAGACAUGCCAAGUAUAUCUGAUACUUUUCUUAUUCUAAUUCGAUAUAUCCACUGCAGAACAUCAACUUCUAUACCGUUGACGUGUUGAAUGGUAUUAGGUGGGUCUAUGGUACACCAUAGACUUUGAAUAGGCUAGACACUGCAUGUUCAUUGGAUUGUAUGAAAACCGAGCGUGUCGUCUCGUCUGUCUGUCAUGGGAACAUGAUAAUAAAUGAUUUUAAAAUUAUAACAGUUAUUUGAACAACAACACUACUUAGCGAUGGUGGGCUGUUAAAUUAUACCUCCACUGAGUCGAUCUACAGCCCUAGAAGAGUACGGUUCAUAACGGCUGAAUUAGAGAUUUUGACAUAUUGAAGUAAUAGCGCGUCAAGUUUGUGCAAAGCACUUCAGAUAUGCCUGGUUGGACACUCUAAACCUGUGUGUUGUAUCGUAUAUGAUUUAAAAAGUAAUAAAAAUUAAUAUGAUUUCGAAUUUGUUAAUCAACUUUACCACUUCCGGUCGUAGUAGUAACGUAUGCCUUUACUCACAUUAAUGCCUUUUGUGUAAUAUAUAAUCAAAAUACCACGAUGUAUAUAAAUAUAAUAUUCUAAAUAUAAUGUCUCGUGAAUGCAAAAUUAUUUUCAAACUAGACAUUAAAUGAUAUUGAACCGAAUAAAAAAAUAGUGCCUCAGUAGUAUCAUUUACUUACAAACAGUAAUGUAAGUUAGUGUAGGAUUUAUUAUACGACACAUGGUAGUGUUCUCUUUGUCUCGACAUAUAUAUGGAACGAUAUUGGACCGACAUAUUCGUUAAAAUAAGAUUUUAUUGCAAAUUUGUUCAGUCAAUGAAAUGUCCAGCGAAUAUAAGUUAUGAGAAAUUUACUCCUACUGAAGAAUUAUCUGUUCCGAGUUAGAUAGACAUCUCUGCUAUUAACAAUUAACAGUUGUAUGUCUUUAUGUAACACAAAACUUCCACUUAACUACUUAUAUCUAUUUUAAUUCUUAAAAAAAAUUUUUUUUUUUUUAAGAUGACCAAAUACCAUAGAUUUCCGAUCUCGAUCAACGUCAAUGUCAAUCAUUCAAGGUCAAAGUUGUUUGUUAAUCUUUAUUUAAUAGGUUAUUGGAAUGGGCUAUCUUACGCAAUCAUAUUUCGAAUUGGACUGUAUCAAUCCCAGCGCGGAAAAAGUAUACAGCUGUAGGAGAUUAGUACAGAUAAAAUAAUACUUUUUAAUAAUAUUUUAUUUAAAUGAAAAUGUUCAUUGUAACGCUGGCCGUUAUAUUAUCUUAUUACAAUAAUUGCUAGUGGAUAUUUUAUUGACUGGACAUACAGACUAAUUUAUUUGAGAAGAGGAUUUUAUCAUGUGAUAAAUGAUAUUUGUUAUUUAAUAUAAAUAGAUUAGUAUAAACAUGUAAAAUAGAUUUAUUCUAUAAAUAUAUAAAGAUAUAUGUUUCCACUAAAAUAUCUGAACGAUAUAGAUUAUAAAGGCGAAUUUGUUGAGGAUUUCCGUUGUUGAUUUAAAAAUAUUCCCAUUUAAAUCUGUUUUACGUGUUUAUAUUAAUUACAAUAUCAAGAUGACGCGAAAGAUUAAAUGUAAAGAAAGAUUGUUGUAAGCUAUCCAUGAAUGUAAUAAAAUGUGUAUUGAUGUGACGAA